AUGGCGCGGCGCUCCAAGAUCGCUCUGGCCGGCGCGGCUGCAGGCUCCCUCGCACUUCUGAACUUGUCAGAGGGUUUCGUCGCCGCGCCGAGUGCUGCAACCACUGCAACCUCCGCCGGCGCUGCCACGGCAGCCACCGCCGCUCCGCGGGCGGAGGGCUCCGGGUCCCUGCUGCCCAUCGCCUGCGGCGGCGCGGUGGCUGCGGGCUUGGCCAGCCGGGCAGGUCGCCCACGGCAGGGAGCGCGCAUCCCGACCACCGUCCAGGUAAAGGACAGCGCUGUGACGCGUCGGGCUUUGGACCAGUCCAGCCGCUAUGCUGAUUUGUCCCUGGAUGAGGCGACUCUGAUCAAGAACGGCAAGCACGUGUUGGUGGCCUACAUCAUGAAGCCCAAGGCAGGCUACGACUACUUGGCUACCGCUGCUCACUUUGCUGCUGAGUCCUCCACCGGCACCAACGUGAAUGUGUGCACCACCGAUGACUUCACCAAGUCGGUGGAUGCCCUGGUGUACUACAUCGAUCCUGACAACGAGGAGAUGAAGAUUGCGUACCCGAACUUGCUGUUCGACCGCAACAUCACUGAUGGCCGCGGCAUGAUGUGCUCCUUCCUGACCCUGGCCAUCGGCAACAAUCAGGGCAGCUUGGUUGCGCAGAUGUUGUAA